AUGCGUUCCAUCAUUUCCUUGGCCCUGUGCCUUGGUGCAGCUGCAGCUUCCGAGCUUAAGACACGCACCGUCUAUCAAUUCGCUUCUAACGACACCUGGCUGGAGAAUCUUGCAACUCGAUCUAAUGGAAUUAUUUUAGCCACCGAGAUCGGUCCUCCAGCCAACCUCCUUGCUUUUGACCCCCGCGAGAAGCAUCCGAAGAAGAAAGUGAUCACGGACUUUACCCCUGUUCUGGGUCUCGCUGGCAUCACAGAGGGAGCCCAUGACGUCUUCUACGUGGCCGGAGCGAAUACCACAUCCGACAACAUCACCGAUCCCCCCAAGAAUGCCACUCACAUCUGGGAAGUCGAUUUCAACAAGAACAGCGAACACCCUCAAAUCCGGCUUGUCUGCCGCCCCACGGCACCUACAGGGUUCAACGGUCUAACCGCAUUCAACGAAACCAUCCUCCUCGCUAGUGCCUCCUACCAGGAUUCCAUCUUCGCUAUUGAUACCCUGACUGGCCGCACCUGGGAGGCCAUCACGCAGACUAGCCUGAUGUCUUCUAUCAAUGGUAUCAAAGUCUCGGAUGGCUUUGUCUACUGGACUGCUAACGGUGCUUUGUACCGUGCCGAGCUGUACCCCAAUGUUACUGCUGGCACUGGGCAGCUGGUCUACCAGGGUAGCCAGUUUGAUGAUUUCGCUAUCGCCCCUAAUGGAUUCGCUCUGAAUGAGACUUAUGGUGCAGAAUAUAAGUUCGCUUAUCUAGCUACUGCUGCCGGAAACACUAUUGAGCAGGUUAUAUUUACCCAAAACGGAACUGCUGUCGGGGGUGAGAUCAUCGCUGGUGCUGAUGACUCAACUGAAAUUGCUGAGCCUACCGGUGCAUUCUUUGGACGGGGUGAAGGCCAGUUGAACAAGCUCUACGUUACUACUGGUGGUGCUAGUGCUGUCAACGUUGACGUCAAUGGUACUGAUACCGCGGUCGGUGCGCAACUGUUGGAAAUCCAGCUGAGCUAG